UCGCUAUCGAGACGGUGCGCGAGUUGGCCGCGCGCGCGUAUCUACGGUGAAGCCGGACCGCACCAACGCUGUCGUUGUCGUUACCGAACGCGUGCGCGCGCACGCUCUCUCACACUGGCCCAGUGCGCUAUCACACGCAAACGCACGCACGCACACUCCCCCUCGGUCCUCGCUCGCUCAUUCUUUAUCUAUCGCCGUCGUCGGUUCGUCGCGGUGUGUUUGUGUUUCUCUUUCUUUCGAAAUUUCGUUUUUUUUUUUUUUAUUUAUUUAUUUAUUUUUUUUAUUAUCACGUUAACAAACACACACAGUACACACUACGCACACGGAUAUCCCACACGCGGCGUGGCCCGACAUCGGGCACCAUCGUAAUAUUGUAUUGGUAUAGGCGCGCACAACACAUUUUGUGGGACGCCAAAAAUCCUCUCUCCUCGCGCCACUCUCCCACUAAUUUCCGAACACUAGACCGUUCCGUCGCCGUCUCACUGGUUGUCGUCCGCCGACCGACUCGUCCGCUGAGACGUUAUAUCAUUAUUACUAUUAUUAUUAUUAUUUAUUAUUAUUAUUAUUAUUACUAUUAUUAUUAUUAUUAUUAUUAUUUUCAUUAUCGUGUACAGUGUACACGCUCGCACGCACAUAGGCGCGUAAGGGUCCGAUCCGGUGCGCGCGCGACGUUAUCGCGUUUCGAAUUGUCGACGGGGGAAAAAAAAAUUACCGAAUAAAUAAAUACACGAAAAACGUUUUAGUGAACGUCAUCCCGAGUCCCUAAGCGACUCGCCGGCCACUGCCACAAUACACUAUACACAACAACAGCAACAGCACUCAGCAGCAGCAGUAGCAGAACCACCGUCACCGAUCGACCGUUGCAUUGUUCGCGCGCGACGACAACGAUCAAAUCUCGAGACGACGUCCUUGGCUCGAUCGUGUCACGCACGCGUUCGCAUAACUUCUGCUCGGUCGACCCAUAGCCGUCACUCGUCGCUCGUCACUGUCGUCAGCCGGACCAGUCGCCUGGACGCGAGUUGCGUGCGCGCGCCGUCGAACACGUAGGUAGUAACUGUAAUAUUAUUAUCAUCGCGGACGGCGCACAAUCUCGUGGUCUGAAGGGACCACCGACCUCCUCCGCCGCCGCCGGAUCAUGGGUCUGGCCACCAAUAUUCUGGUACACGUGCGUGUCGACGAUACGUGAGCAACAGCGACGGGCGGCUAGCCGUCGUGUGCGGACGUUUUGGUGAUAUUAUGUUGGUGGCGGCGGUGGCGUUACGCUAUAUUGUUGUUUGAUGGUGGUAGCCGUAUUGCCGUGGAACCAUGACCGCACAGCAGCAGCAACAGCAGCAGCAGCAGCAGCAGCUGAAGUUGUUCACGUACUCGAUGAUCGAGCGCAAGGACGAGAUCGAAGAGAAAUACGAACGGUGUUAUCAGACUCUCCAGAGUCUAACGACUGGCUUCAAUGACCGCGAGUACCAUGAUGCGCUCACUAGCCACAUCAGCAAGGACAAGAGCCAAGAGGAAGUCAUCAGUUUGGGGCUGUUGACUGCUAUUCUUUUGGAUACGAAAAACGCUGACAAAAUAUAUAGAGAUUUAACUUUGUUAUCGCGUGAUGGUCUACAAAGUGUUAUAUCUCAUUUACAACAAUUUACUUUAGAAAAAUGGAGUCGACUUUUAGAUGCUCCUCGCAAACAACUUUUGUGGUUAGUUCGCGAAAUGGUACGCAACAACAUUGCUGGUGUAGAUAAUCUUUGUUGGAACCUGAUGCGAAAUGCAGCAGGUGGUGAUAUUUCUACAACUAACAUUGCACUCAUUGAGUAUUUCCUUGAUCUUUAUCAAGACCAUAGAAAAUGGUUAGAGAGAUUUCCUUGGUUGAUAGCAUCCGUUGUGUAUUCUUUUUUACGUUUUAUUGAAGAUCACAGUAGUUUAAUUCCUCUACGCAAUCGAGAAGUGGCAUUUACUAUAUCUUUACUACGUGAUCGUUUCACAGAUUGUUUGGUUAUUGGUCGAGAUUUAGUUAGAUUACUACAAAAUGUUUCACGUAUACCAGAAUUUGAAGCAUUGUGGAAAGAUUUACUUCAUAAUCCUCAAUCAUUAAGUCCGACUUUAACAAAUGGUAUUAUACAAAUAUUGGAAACCCGAACAUCUCGAAGAUUUUUACAAUCACGACUAACACCGGAUAUGGAACGUAAAUUGGUGUUCUUUACUUCUUCGGUUCGAUUUGGUCAUCAUAAAAGAUAUCAGGAAUGGUUCCAAAACAAAUACUUGAACACACCAGAAGCACAAUCUCUAAGAAGUGAUUUAAUCCGAUUUAUUGUUGGAUUAAUACAUCCUACAAAUGAAUUGUUGUGUUCAGACAUUAUACCUCGUUGGGCUGUUAUUGGUUGGCUUAUUACCACGUGUACAUCAAAUAUAGCUUUAGCUAAUGCCAAAUUGGCUCUAUUUUAUGACUGGAUUUGUUAUGAUCCAAAACACGACAAUAUUAUGAAUAUUGAACCAGCAAUUUUAGUUAUGCUUAACUCUUUACGUAUUCAUCCAACAGUAACUGCUAGUUUGCUGGACUUUUUAUGCCGAAUUAUUCCUAAUUUUUAUCCAGCUCAAUCAGAGCGAAUACGCAAUGGUAUUUUUGUUUCAUUGCGGCAAAUUCUUGAUAAAAGGGUGUUAGCAUCAUUAGUUCCUUUGUUUACAAAUCCUCGAUUAGAUGGUGAACUUAGAGCUAUGAUACAAAAUACUUUCCGAGAAUUUUGUGAUCCACCUGCUGUUCAGGGUGAUCCUGUUAAAAAUGAUGACAUAAUGGAUAAUUUACUUUCUACACUUAAAGAUGAAUUAAUAGCAGAAAAUGAUGAUAUCUCAUUUAGUGACGAAGAAUCUGACACAAGUCCUAAGAAAAAUAUUAUUCUUGAAAAUAACAGUAUACCUGCUAUUAAAACUACCCCAUUGAAAGUUAAACUAAAAGAAAAAAAUAUUCUUCCACCUGAUUUGGAUAAAGAAGCUUUGCAAACUUUAACCAAAGAAUUGAGACUGGAGACUGAAACUUUAUAUUUUGAAAAGGAUAAUGAAAGAAAAUGUGAAGCUAUGGAAAAAAUUGUUCAGUUAAUUGUACAGGAUGAUGAUAUAUAUCCUGAAAUGAUAGCAGCAUUAGGUUCUUGUAUUUCAUGUUUAUUGAAAAAUCAAAUUGAAGAAAAGAUCUUCCCAUCUGUACUUAAUGACAAUGCAUUGGAAGACAGUAUUGGAAAACCAAUAUUUGUAAUGUUUCGUAGUCUAACACAAUUUACUGAAGACGACUCUCGUAGGUUACAACUUUUAUCAUUGCUAGCUGAAAUGAGAACACACCAAACUAGAAUUGGAUAUUUAUUGCUUUAUUAUUUGCAAGUGAGCAGCUUAAUAAACAACAACGCUGAUAGGAAAAUGAAUAAUAGUAUCAAAUCUCAUGUAUACAAAGAAUUUUGUGAAACCCAAGAAGUUGAAUUAAAUGAAUGUUUAUUGAGUGAUCUUCAGCUGUGCCAAGAAGAUGAUACUUCAAUGUUUUGUUGGCUAAUCCCAGCUGUAUAUAAUCAGUUUUCCAAGAUUGUUGUUGGAAAUGAAGAUUUCUUACACUUAGUUGUGUCUUCUACUGAUGGCUCACAAAUACAAGAAAUAAUUUGUCUAAUUUUGCAAGGUAAAUUAAACAUGUUCCGAUCUGAUGCAGUACCGUCAUUAGCAACUAGUUCAUUAGAUUGGGAAACAAUGGAACAAUAUUUUUUUUGGCAAUUAGUGUCUGCACAUGCCAUUGAUAUAAAAGUGAUAUUAUCAAAUAUUACAAAAUUAGACUAUAAUAAUCACCCUGAAACCCUGACUAGCAUUUUGCUCACGCUAAAAAAAGAAAAGCCUACUUUAGAUUUAUUGAAACCCAUACUAUGUAGAGAAAUAAAACCUUUAAAUGAUCAAUUUGUUAUAUCUGUGAUAUCCAGUUGGUAUUUGGAACAUGGAGAAAAUGUAGCUAAUCUAGUUUCUCAACUAUUAAUUAGUAGAUGUCCAGUUGUAUCUCCAACUAAACGAAAACGUGGACAAGGACAGGGUUUAGGUUCUAGAGGUGGUGUAGCACCACCCAGUGCUGAGCGAAUACUUGGUCACAUGGAACGCAUUCGCAGUCGGGGUACUUGUCCUGUACUGUUUCGCGCUGAAGGAAUGCAAAAAGCUUUGCAAAUUGCACAAGCUGCAUGCACAGAUACACAGCGCAUGUUGUUUAGCAACCUUUUUCAGUUGCUUGAAGAGGAUGAACCACAUACACCAACAACCAAUAAAAAUUCAACAAGUGGUAAACGUGGUCGUAAAGCAGCUCCAACAUUUGGUAAUAGUAACAAAAAAAAUGCUAAGUCUGUGAUAAAAGACCUGUCGGAGAGCUCCGAAGAGUCUAGUGAAGAGGAAGAAGUUAUAAAACCAAGACAGACAAAAAAACGGAGAAAAAUAAAUGCAGUCGCAUCUGAUAGUGAUUGAUAUAAGGUAUCUUUACUCCAUGGUAGAAUCAUUUAUACUCUACCAUAAGUUAUACAGUGAUAAACAGACAUAGCUGUUUUCCAAAAUUUAAUUCCUCCCCUCCCCCAAUUUUAAUUUAAUUGUAAUAAUGUUAAAAACAAAUAUAUAUAU